AUGGCAAUUAAUGAACGAAGUAAACGAAAUACGAUGGAACGAAUCACUGUAAAUGAAAUUUUCAAUGAAUUGGAACGUAGUAAUAAAAGAGAUGAUCAAGAAGCCGAAGAAAAAGCAUUAGAACAUUUUCAAGCAAGCUACAGUACUCAAGCGAAAUUUUCAAAUACAAAAGAGCAAAAAUAUUUUCUGAGUAUUUUGCGUUUUCUUAUGAAGAAAAAAUUACUUGACUCUUCAACGACACUCGUCUCGUUAACUGCAUUUUAUUGUUUACGAAUUUUAUUACGUGAUCCUGAUUACCUACUUAUCUUCGUUCAAGAAAAUGGAUUAAACGGUUUGAAAAAACAAAUGGAUAUCUAUAUUCAUAGGCUUUCACCAGAUUUAUCUGAUAGCAGUAAUGAAUCAUCAUCUAUAGCGUCUAAAGUUCUAGGACAUAUGCUUAAUAUUCUUCAAAAAAUUUUAAAGAGUACACCAAAUCAUGUUGAACGAGAGCAUUUAAUAUCGAGUAAUAUGAUUGAAUCAAUUACACAUUUAUUAAAUAAUAAUCGAGAUUCUCCACUAUUACAUGAUACAUUAAGAUUAUUAUUACAUAUGAUUGAUAAAACAGAAUUUUAUAUAACUGAAUUUCUUAAAGCAGAAACUAUUGAAAAUUUACUUCAUCUACUUGAAUAUAAAGAUCUUGAAACAACACAACUAUCUUUGCAUCUUAUGCAAACUUUUCUUGCACAUCCUGAAGCACGUCAAUAUAUUCCACAUAUACCAACUGAUUUUCUAGAUACAUUUACAAGUUAUUUGAGUCAUAAUAAUGUUAAAGUUCUUGAACAUGCUAUUUGGUGUUUAAGAAGUUGUGCUGAUAAUGAAGAUGGGCGAAGAAAAAUACGUUUAACUGGAGCUAUUCCACUAUUGCUUUCACUUCUAGAAAAUGGAAAUCGUUUUGAUUUUUCAUGUCCAUCAAUAAAUGCAAAUCAAAAACGACCCGGAUCCAUUUCAAAAAGAACUGUUCGAGCAGAUUCAGAGGUAACUAAUCCGAUUAUUUUAAUUUAA